AUGUCGAUUCCGCUGGUAUUCGUCAAAGCAUAUCGACGAGAGCAAUACCUGUCUCGCCUUGCACGACGCGAGGUAGCGCGGGAAAAGAGAUGGCUCGACCUGUGGACAACCAAGAGCUGGCCGGCACUGCUCGGACUCUGUGAGCUCCAGAUAGUCGGCGCAAUUCCUUGGAGGGCACCGUGGGAAUUCGACAGUAUCAAACGAUGGCCGGAAAAGAGGUACUUCCAGCGGUUGGUGCGCGCCGGCAUCAUCCCGCUCUUCAUCCAGGACGGCGGAAUAGGGACACGACAAGAGAAGCCGCUGUUUCUUUCCGAUGAUCUCCCAUUGAUACAAGAGCUCCCGGAGUACGUCCAGAGCAAGAGACGAGCAUGCUUCGAGUUCAUACUCCCGUUCCGAGAGGGGUACAAGAAGCAACCAUAUCCCCAAUACGAUAGGCCGCGAAAAGCGUUCACAAACGCGUUGGUGAACAAUCAACACGGUUACCGUGUUUGUAUCUCUGCCUGGCAUCCUAAAUAUGGCGGGCCCAUUACGAUAGAAUCUAACCCAGCCCCGGACGGCAACGUGCCUUUGGAGAUUGGUGCAAAAUCGCACUUCGAGUUUCUGUUGCAUUUCAAGAAAGACACGGUACUACGGGAAGCAAAGGGGGAGACGCAUCUGGAUGAUUGGAGCCAGUAUAUGAAGGCUGACUCUUGUCCACUGCUUCAGAUUCGGGACGUGGACAUUGUACGAGUCGAAAGUCCGAAUUACGGGCGGCGCCGACUGGAUGAGUGGGUAUAUGGAAUUGCGCAGGAGUCGGGGUUGUCAGAGAUCUGGACCGAGCAAGAGUUAAAGACGACGGCCUUGCAGUGGAUCCGGAGGAAUGGGCUGGAACUCCCGGGCUUAGACCAGUAG